GAUCAAGAAGGAAGCCAUGUAAUCCUUACCUAAUUCCCCCUAGCACUAAAAUUUAUCAUUUUUUCAGUUCAAACUCAUUUUUAAUCAAUUUACCAAACAUAUGAUGUACUUUAUUACUAUAUAGUUUAUAAAUAUAUUAUUAAAACUUUUUGUCUUUUUCACUUCCCUCACACUAUAUAUAGACCCCAAACUAUCAACUAACAUAAAUCACAACCCAAUCCCUCAAAAUUAAUGUAUUCGCAUUUCCUACCCAAUGGAAAUCCAAACUUCUCCAUCCGAAAUAACAAUACACGAAACCUCGUUCUCAAUUAAGCCCACGGUAGCAAAAAAUAGUUGCAAAGAAUUGGUCCUUUUAGUCCUUACAAGAAUCCAUGCGGGCUAUUUCAGAAUUACCCUUUCUUUGGGGUGGCAAUCGCUAUUAUGGAAAAUCCUCCUCCACCCCGACAAGGAUUCAGUAAUUUCAUUUCAAGUCCCUAAACUUUUCUAUAUUACCGUUUUGACCAUAAUAUGGUCGUUUUCGUUCUUUAUCCUCCUCCUCCUCUCCCUCCUCUACCUCCUGAAAUGCGCGCUCCGCUUCCACAUGGUGAAAGCGGAGUUCGUGCACCAGGUGGGGGUAAAUUACCUUUUUGCCCCCUGGAUUUCGUGGCUGCUGAUACUCGAAUCCGCCCCCUUCGUCACCCCCAAGCACGUAUCCUUCGUCGUCCUGUGGUGGGUCUUCGCAGCUCCGGUCGUAAUCCUGGACGUGAAAAUCUACGGCCAGUGGUUCACAAAGGGGAAGAAGUUCCUCACCGCCGUGGCUAACCCGACGAGCCAGCUCUCCGUCGUCGGAAACCUCGUCGGAGCUCGCGCCGCCGCCAAGAUGGGGUGGCGGGAGGUUUCGAUCUUUCUCUUCUCUCUAGGGAUGGUGCAUUACCUCGUCCUGUUCGUGACACUCUACCAGCGGCUCUCCGGCGGAGACCGGAUUCCGGCGAAUCUCCGGCCGGUUUUCUUCCUGUUCUUCGCGGCGCCGAGCGUGGCGAGCCUGGCUUGGUACUCCAUUGCCGGAAGAUUCGAUACCGCUUCGAAGAUGCUGUUCUUUCUCUCUCUAUUUCUGUUUGCUUCACUGGUGAGUGCUAUUACAUAUUUUUUUUUUAUAUGCAGGCCAGCACUAUUCAAGAAAGCAAUGAGGAAAUACAACAUAGCAUGGUGGGCAUAUUCUUACCCAAUAACAAUGUUGGCAUUGGCUUCAUUAAGAUACGAGGAAGAGGUCAAAGGUUGUUUCCCUCAUGCAAUUAAGCUAAUCCUCUCUGUUUUAUCUGUUCUUGUUCUCUUUCUUCUCCUCAUUUUCACUGCCUCCAAUCCCAAAUUGCUUUUGCCAGAUCACGAUCCCUUAAUCACUAGUGAUCAUACUCUUCAUCUCCCCACCCAUUCUACUUCAAACACUACCUCCACUACUACCCCUUAA